AUGGUGAUCAAAAAGCGCUGUCUCCUCUGGGACUGGACCAACAGCUCCGGUCCCGGCAACCCGGGCGUGCCAUGGGCCAUGAACCAAUGUGACUUCCACGGCCCCAUCUCCUCCGUGAGCAACUGGAACACCUGGACGCCGCCCGAACUGCACAACCGCGCCCCUUACCGCCCCAUGGUGCACCUCGAAGCGCAACUCUCCGGCGGCGACUGGCAGAACAUACUCAAGAGCCACGAACCCAUCGUCCACUUCUUCAACGAGCCCGACAAGAACAACAUCCCCCCGCAGCGCGCGGCGCAGGCCUGGCACAGCCAGAUGGUGCCCCUGCGACGGCACGGGGGCAAGAAACUCGUCGGGCCCUCCGUCUCCAACGACGAGAACGGCCAGCGCUGGCUCGAAGACUUCAUGCGCCUCACCGCCUCCGACCCUCCCGACUACGUCGGCCUCCACUACUACGGCACCGACGGCGACGCUUGCAUUCGGUACCUCGAGGGCAUGCACGCCCGCUACCGUCGCCCGAUCAUCGUGUCCGAGAUCGCGUCCGUCGCCCGGGAUACCGCCAGCGUGUACGGCUUCACGAUCCGACUGGCCAACUUUAUGGACGAGACGGAGUGGAUCUUCGAGUAUGGGUUCUUUGGCUGCAUGCGGAAGCUGGCGGAUGGCUUCGUCAGUCCGGCGGCGCGGCUGAUGGAGCCGGAUGGGCGGUUUACGGAUUUGAUGAUGAAGUUGCAGUGGGAUCAGCCUAUUAAGCCGAUUCCUCCCCAAGGAUGGUAUCGACGUGGCUACCCUAUGUUCCUAUCCCAGGGCCUUGGCGGCAUCAUCGCUCUAUACACUGGCGCCGCCCACACAGGCCAGCCUCCUCUCUUCGGCGCAAACACUGGCAACCCCGGCGCCUUCACCGGCGAAUUCUCACUCUCCCAAUCGGGCGGCAGUGGCUCCUGCGGUGGAACCACGGUCAACGACGUCCUAUGCGCAAUCGAAGAAUCCGUUGCAUCACCCAUUAACCAUAAUGAGCAACCUACCUAUCCGAAGCCGCAGCCGUGCAAGUCGAACCCGCAGCAGAACGGUCUCGCUCGGUGCGCGCCAGAGACGUACACCUAUGGUGGGUUCAAUACGGAGAUGGUUCUGUUUUGCUUGAAUAGUCCCACGAUUGAGGCGCCGCUGGUAAUCCGUACCCGGUGGCUUCUGAGUGAAAUGACUUGCACCACAUCUUGGAGAUGA